UCGGCCAUGGCUGCGGCGGGGAGGCCCCGAGCUCCCAGCCCCGCGGGUCCCGGCGGGCGCGGAGUCACGGUCACCGAGGACGCCCCGACUCCCCCAGUGGAGGGGGGCGGACACGGGCAGAAGACGCCCCAGGUCCUGGGACGGCACCCGCAAAGUGUUUACGGGCCCCGAGUCCGCAAGGAUUGGACGCUUACUGUGUACGCCAGGGCUGCUUCCGGACCCUGUGCCUUCACGCCCCCGACAUCCCGAGCCUAAAUUUAGCCCCAAGAUUUUGCUAACUUCAUGGAACCCUCCUACGCCAAAGAUUGUGUAAACAUUAAAACGAUUUGGGGGAGCGAGAGGCUGCGCUGGGCUUGAGGCGGAGCUGGCGUGGCGGGAGGGAGGGUCCCGGCACGUCUGCAGGAGGCGCGCGGGGAGGGCAGAGUCCCGGGAGAGAAAGACGGGUGCGAGGACGUGCGGACCUGCCCCCGCGGAGAGGACCCCGCCGCGCCGCGCACAGCGCGCAGUGGCUCCUCCGGGCCUGCAGGCGGCGGUGUGGCCCCACGCGCGGCGGAAGGGGAGGCCGCUCGGUCGAGCCUGGGGAGGGAGGUGGCCCCGCCCCGCGUCCCCAUCAUGGCGCCCGCCAGCGCCGCGCUGUCCCGGCUGCGGGGUGUGGGUGCCUGGCCCCGGUCACGCUGGCUGGGUUUCCUUAAGGCGACCCCCGGGCCGGUUCGGCCGAGCUGCAGGACACUUGGAAGCUCCCCAACCCUUGCAGUCAGCGAGCCCGAGGACAGCAGCGAGUUGAAUGACAGGAUUCUGAACGAGCCCCUCAAGCAUUCAGACUUCUUCCGUGUCAAGGAACUGUUUUCUGUCAAAAGUCUCUUCGAUGCCCGAGUGCAUCUGGGGCACAAAGCCGGCUGUCGGCACAGGUUUAUGGAGCCAUACAUUUUCGGGAGCCGCCUGGACCAGGACAUCAUUGACCUGGAGCAGACAGCCGUGCACCUCCAGCUGGCCUUGAAUUUCACCGCCCACGUGGCCUACCGCAAGGGUAUCAUCUUGUUUGUGAGCCGCAACCGGCAGUUCUCACACCUGAUCGAGAGCAUGGCCCGUGACUGUGGCGAGUACGCCCACACCCGCUACUUCAAGGGCGGCCUGCUGACCAAUGCGCCCCUCCUCUUCGGCCCCACGGUCCGCCUGCCGGACCUCAUCGUCUUCCUGCACACGCUCAACAACGUCUUCGAGCCCCACGUGGCCGUGAGAGAUGCGGCCAAGAUGAACAUCCCCACCGUGGGCAUCGUGGACACCAACUGCAACCCCUGCCUCAUCACCUACCCCGUCCCUGGCAACGACGACUCACCCCCAGCUGUGCAGCUCUACUGCAGGCUCUUCCGGACGGCCAUCAGCCGGGCCAAGGAGAAGCGGAGGCAGGUCGAGGUCCUGCAUCGGCUGCAGGGACAGCAGGGGGCCGGGGGCCGGGGGCCAGACCAACCCAAAGGCCCCCAGGGUGGGCCUGAGCCGCUGUCCUCCCAGACCAAAGCCUGGCCAAGCCCAUCUGCGCUGGAUGUCCCCUUCCCAGUCCUGGGUCCCCAGCAUUCCUAGUCCUGGGCAUCUAGGUCCUUGUUGUGGGUGACAGUACUCAGCUGUUCCACCACAGCCAUCCAGGUUCCACUCCAGACCCAGGGCCGAGUUGGCGGCCAUCAGUGUUUUUUUCUGUAAAGAGCAGACCACAGAGGGCAAGCAAUGUGUCCGACACAGCUACUUCCCUGCAGUUAGGCCUCGGGCCAGACGCCCCACCGCUGGCGUGGCCCACCCGUGGGAAGACACAGCUCUCCCUGUAAUCUGGGCAGUCCGAGCCUGCGCCCUGCCGGCAGACCUUUGUUAGGGAGGUUGCCUGCCGGCUCAGUGUUUCCUAGUCCAGGUACCCCAGGCUGGGCUGCUUUUCUGCCUGCCUCCAGGGGCUGUUUUAUGACGUGAUGUUGCAGGCAAACCUCUCAGAAGCUCCCAGCUGGGUUGGGACAGGCCUGGCCAAACAGAUGGUGUGAUUCCAGCAGAAAUAAAACCUAGAUUUGGGCAAAA